UAAAGAAAGGCGAAAAUGUGACUCGGUGGGAAAACGAAAAGAUAGCUGAUGAAGGCGAUGAUGAGCAAGAUUACUACUAUCUCAACGCUACCAUUAUCACCAACACCACCAACAUUUACUUGUACACAUGGAAUCAUCAUCUUUCUUCGCUGCAACUACUUGCAUUUCCAUUUCCACCAACACCUUUCUUACCGCGAAACGCCAACGCACUUUCUGACUACUACCCAUGGUAGCUAUAAUGCUCCUCUCUGCUCCAUCUUUCUAAUAUCGGCCCCCGCCAAUCCUGAUCUUCCCGUGUUUCCAGGAAAAUGCCCAAGAAGUGAACAUGUUUGAAGGGGACAAUGUUUAUCCCAUGUUCUCCUCUUCUGUUAGGAGAAAUAGGUUGCAGUAUGAUACUGAGGGAAUUCCGCUGCAAUUGUUUGGGGACUCUCGAGUUGGGUGCAACAUUGGUUCCUUAAACUGUGAAGGAGUUGAGCAUAAUCCUCUUACUGAAACAGCGAGAGGAGUUGUAGAAGUAGGAUCACUGUCCAGAGAGCGCAAGCAUCCAAUAUCUGUUAAUAAUAAAUCUUUCCAUGACAAUGUUGGCCAGUCUGGAUAUGUCCCAAACAUGGUUUCCACUGGUCUGAGGCUUUCAUGUGAGGAAGAUGAUCCCAAUUCUGCUGUCACUUCUGCCAGCAAAGGCAUUAAAGCGACACUUCCUAUAAUUUUGUCCCUUGAUGAUAAUCUAAAGGUUGAAAUUGAUCAGCAGAAAAAAGAGCUUGAUUGUUAUAUCAGGUUUCAGGAGGAGAACACCAUCAAAGGUCUGAGAGAACUGAGGCUAAGACACAUGGUUUCUUUUCUGAGUGCCAUUGAGAGAGGAGUUAGCAGGAAGCUGUAUGAAAAAGAGCUAGAAAUAGAGAAUAUGAAUAACAAGAACCAAGAGCUAUUAGAGAAAAUGAAGCAAGUUAGCAUGGAACUUCAAUCCUGGCAGUUCAGAGCGAAAUAUAACGAGUCUGCAGUUAAUGCAUUGAAGAACAACUUACAGCAAGUCAUGGCCCAAUGUGUUAUGCGUGGAAAAGAAGCUCAUGGCGAUAGAGAAAUAGAGGAGGUAGCUUCAUGUACGAAUACAGGUUAUCAAGGAGUUACUGAGCAUGCUGGAGAUUCAAACUCCUUCAAGAGGCAGAUGAAUUGCAGGGCUUGCAAAGUCAAAGAAGUGUGUGUUUUAAUGUUGCCUUGCAGGCAUUUGUGUCUCUGCAAGGAUUGUGAAGUAUUUAUUGAUAUAUGCCCUGUCUGCGGGAUCAUGAAGACUGCGAGUGUUGAAGUAAUUAUGUCAUAAGAAUAUAAUUUUAGUGAGGCUACGGUUAUGCAUCUGUGUGUAGUUGUGAUGACUCGUCAUUAACGAACCCCUCGAAGUUACCGAGUGAUAUGGAUACCUGUAAAAUGUGAGAUGGCGUAUUUCUUCGAACUCAGGAACACGAGGAGGGCCUUAUUUUCAGGGUAUUUUUCUCAGUGAUCCGAUACGGCUUAAGUGAACAAUCUUCAUUUUCAUUUUGAAAA